UAUAACAUUUUAUAAGGUUGGAGAUCCAGAGCAGGGCAUAUAAGACCAUUCCUCUUUACACAAUCUCUCCAGAUCAUCCAGGGUUCGCGACCCUCUCUUGUGCUCGCUCUCCUCUUCAGCUCCGCCCACAGGUUUUCACUGGGGUUCAGCUCAGGGGACUGAGAUGUUCAGGGCAGAAGCUCGAUUCUGUGAUUCUCAGUGAACCGUUUUAGUGCUGAUUUGGACAGACGCUUCCAAUCAUCGUCCUGCUGGAAGAUCUAGUGAUGACCCAGGUUUAGUUUCCUGGCAGAGGAGCCAGAUUGUGAUUUAAAAUGUCCAUAAUGGAGUAUUCAUGGAGUCCAUGAUGUCAUGAACAAGUGUUGUGAGAAGGAAUGGCAACAUUAUAAAAUGAAUACAGCUGUAAAGGAUAAAGGUCCUAUCAUCUGUACACAAUGGCCAGUGCAGAUCCUGAUGUAAACGCAGUACUCCAGGCCUCGGGAGAGUCUACCAUCAAAAAAGCAACUCAAAAAGCACAAACACAAAUUGACCAGUUAUUUAAUAUCUCACUUCACAUCGCUGUAACUGGAGUAACAGGUUCAGGAAAGUCAUCUUUUAUCAAUGCAGUCAGAGGACUGAACUAUGAUAAUGGUGACAAAGGCGCAGCUAAAACUGGAGUUAUUGAAACCACAAUGAACGUAACAUCUUACAAACAUCCCACAAUGCCCAAUGUGACGCUCUGGGACCUACCUGGAAUUGGAUCCCCAAAUUUUACGGCUAAGAAAUACUUUAAAGACACUCAGUUUAGCACAUAUGAUUUCUACAUCAUCAUCUUAUCUAAGAGAGUCACAGAGAAUGACAUCAUGUUGGCCAAAGAGAUCAAAAGAAGCAAAAAGCUCUUUUACUUUGUGAGAUCAAAGAUAGAUGAAGAUAUUCGAGCAGAAGAAACCAAAAGGAACUUUAACAAGGAAGAAACACUCUCACAGAUCAAAAGGAACUGCAUGGAACACUUGAAGGAGAUUGAAAAUCCAAAAGUUUUCCUGAUAUCCUCAAAGGAUAUUACAGCAUUUGAAUUUGAAGAGCUGAUUGACACUCUGAUGUCAGAGCUCCCAGAGAGGAAAUGGUCUGCUCUGAUGCAGUCGGUGCCCAUCACCUCUGUGGCUAUGCUGAAGAAAAAAGUGAAAAUGUUUGAGGAAGCAGCAUGGGCUGCAGCGAGUUUGUCUGGAGUCAUUGCAGUAGUUCCAGUACCUGGUCUCUCACUGGGAUGUGAUGCCAGUAUUUUAGUGUCUUUCUUUACAAGGUGCUAUUACUCAUUUGGCCUUGAUGAUAAAUCACUUAAAAAACUGUCAGAAAGAGUUAACAAGCCACAACUGAAAGAUUUCAUAAAAUCACCUCUUGUACUGGCGUUGGCAAUGGGCUCCAAUGCAAGACUGUCGCUGUCUGCUUUCGCCGGAUCAGCGGUGGUGGAGUAUCUGUGCAGCUUGGUGCCUGGUGUAGGAAGUGCUCUAGCAGCUGGGAUAUCUUUUGCUUGUACAUUCCAUCUUUUGAAGUGUGGACUGAAAGAGCUUGAAGAUGCAGCACUGAUGGUGCUGGAAGAGGCGGGGUUACAGUGACAAGGAAGCACUGAGACACAGAAUUACUUUUUUCUUGGCAGUAAUAAAGAAAAAAUGCAAUGUUUAUGCUUCAAAAUCAGAAGUAGAAUGUUUGAUUUACUAAUAAACACUUCUUUUUUGUAAACAAAAGAGAGAUGUGUGCACAGCCUGGUUGCACAAAGAGCCGUAGUGUAGCGAUAUGACUCUCCUGGAUUAUAAUCUGAAUGAAGACUCUAUUGAGAGUUUUACUGAGAAAUCAGACUGAGAUUAGCUCAUAUGUUCUCCAUGUAUUUUUAUGGAUUGUCACUGAAUAAAUAAAUAAAUUUCCA